GAAGGAAGGAGGUUGGAGGAAUUGAAUUAUAAAUUCCAAUUAAAUGACUGACAGAAAAAACGGUGUUGUGUUUUCGAUAAGUAAACAAUGAAAAUGAAUAUACAAGAAUUUAACAAAGUUUUUAUUAGAGUAACGGUCUCUUCUUUAUAUUUGUCAGUAAUUUAUUUUUUUAAGUAAUAGGCCUAUUCCAAACUGUUUAAACAAGUGUAAUAAGUAUUUUUUAGGUUAUGAUUUGCUUCAAUCGUUAUCCUAUUUUAUGAAAAUUAAUGUGGUAGUUCCUAUUUGUACAUUUGAUUUAUUUUCAAAAUGACAGUGUCAAGGCCUAGUGUGUACAGUGAUCUAGAAAAUUAUAUUCUGAAUAUGAGAGAUGGUUGUAUGUAAUUCUUAAUUAUAAUGAGACUGCUAAGUAAACUCAUUGUUUUUGUAUGGUUGGUUAUUGGCUUCUUAAUUAUUUACUUUUUGGAAUCAGUAUGGUUUAAUAAGGAUAGAACUGCUCCCAAACUACUCAGAAAUAUUAUUUCCGUUAAUCUAAACCGAGAAAGAUCUGUUCAAAAGUAUUCUGUCGAUUUAAGUAGUACUCAAUACAGAACUAUUGAGAAAGAAAGAAGUUUCACAGCAAGUUCACCAUCCAAUGAUUUCAAAGGAAACCUUAGAGAUAAAACCAGUGUAGCCCUUGCUGUUGUUGCUUGCGGAGAUCGACUUCAUGAGACCUUGGUAAUGAUUAAGUCAGCCAUCUUGUUUAGCAAUAACGUUAAACUGCAAGUAGUUGUUAUUGCUGACAUCCCACUGAUUAAAGGGUUUGAUGAAAAAUUGAGCGAAUGGAGAAGCAUUGUAAACAACUCAUUUGAUUACCAAAUAAAACCAGUUGCAUUUCCUGAAAAUGGCAAAGAAGAAUGGAGGAAAUUAUUCAAACCUUGUGCUGCCCAGAGAUUAUUCCUUCCUGGCUUGUUAAAAGAACUUGACUCAGUCCUGUAUGUGGACACAGACACUUUGUUCUUGGGCCCUCUGGAAGAAGUCUGGCUGCACUUCUCUCGCAUGAACUCCUCUCAGAUGGCAGCACUGGCUCCUGAGCAUGAGGAUCCAAACACUGGCUGGUACAACAGAUUCGCUAGACAUCCCUACUAUGGUGAACUAGGUGUCAACUCAGGUGUCAUGCUCAUGAAUUUGACACGAAUGCGUGACUUUGGCUGGGAAAAAUAUUUGGCCCCAAUCUACAAGGAAUUUAAACUGAAGAUUACAUGGGGUGAUCAAGACAUUAUUAAUAUAAUUUUUCAUUACCAUCCAGAACGGUUAUAUGUGUACUCAUGUCGAUACAAUUAUCGCUCUGACCACUGUAUGUAUAUGAGUGUGUGUGAGGAUGCUAACAAACAUGGAGUUGCUGUAAUCCAUGGUUCAAGAAGUACCUUUCACGGUGAUAAACAGCCAGCCUUUAAAACCAUUUAUUCUUGCAUGGAAGAGUACCAGCUGGGUUCUGAUCCAUACUCAAACUUACUACUCACAAUGGAGAAUGGACUGGACCAAACUAGCCACACGAACUGUGGAAAAGUACGCCAUGUAUUAACGAAGAAUCUUCACAAGUACAUUUCAGUCAAGGAGCCUUUUAGGUGAUACAAAACCUAAGUCUUGUAUACUUGUUUUAUUUUGUAUAUUUAUACCAUUAGUGCAAUAAUUCACAACGAUGUGCUCAUAUUCAAUUUUAUACUUUGAUAUUUAUUAUAAUAAAUCAUGUUAUACAUUA